AUGAUGUUCAACGAGCACGACGUGAGCUACUCUCGAAAUGAUGCGUUCCUAGGAGACAACGCCCGCUUCAACCAGACUGUUUGGGAUCAAUCGUUGAAAGAGCUGAAGCCGGAAAUGCUCACACCGACUGAUUUUGCCAAGGCUCGCCAAGCUCGUGCAGAAGAUACAUUUGCCCGCAACACUAAUACCACCUUUAGCUUUUUCGACAUGGCUUUGAGCAGCACCGAGACAAGCUUCUUUUUUACUGUUUUCGGAUCCGGAAGGAAAACAUCCAAAUCUAUGAUUCGAUACUUCAUCGAGAAUGAACGGCUGCCCGUGGCGCUUGGUUGGCUUCCUAGGCUCAAUACCAAUGCUGCAUCUGUAGCUCUCCUAAUUCCGGAAGUCCUGCUGGGCAUGCCCAAAAUUUGGGCAAAAUUGGGAUCACAGACGCUUGACGUUCUAAACUUGAAGACGUUCUUGACAUUGAUCAAUCAGAGGAUAGCUACCGGGGACAUGCUCGGCUAUCUCGACUCAUUUAAAAGUGUGCUGGAUGAUGAAAACGCUGACUCUAGUAGUGUAUCUCGUCUUGCGGAUCUGAUCAAGUCUGCAGCUUAG